AUGGACUCCAAAGACCCGGAUCCGAUGAGCAGACCCGAUGAAACCAACCCGGGUUCUCGAACCUACGCCAUGAGCGGCAAAAUCAUGCUGAGCGCUAUAGUAAUCCUCUUCUUCGUCGUCAUUUUAAUGGUCUUCCUCCAUCUCUACGCUCGCUGGUAUCUCCUCCGCGCUCGCAGACGUCAUCUCCGUCGUCGCAGCCGUAACCGCCGCGCCACAAUGGUUUUCUUCGCCGCAGAUCCUUCCACCGCCACCGCCGCCGCCUCCGUCGUCUCGUCGCGCGGCCUCGAUCCCGCCGUCUUGAGAUCUCUCCCCGUUUUCACCUUCUCCGAUGCGACCCAUAAGGAUCCGAUCGAGUGCGCUGUUUGUCUUUCCGAAUUCGAAGAGAGCGAAUCGGGUCGGGUUUUGCCCAAUUGCAAACACACUUUUCAUGUUGACUGCAUCGAUAUGUGGUUUCACUCUCAUUCCACAUGUCCUCUCUGCCGCUCUCUCGUCGAGCCUUUCGCCGGAAAUGAGAUCCUUGCGACGGCGGCGGAAGAGCAUGUCGCGAUCGCGAUUCCUUCUGACCCGGUUUCUGCGAUCGAACCGGGUUCGAGCUCUGGAUUGAGCGAUGGACCCCACGAAUCUGGGUCUUCGGCGGUGCCGGUGGAAGAUUCCGGGAGAAAACCGGCGGCGAUUGAGGUCCCGAUGAGAAAUCUCAGCGAGUUUGAAGACGAUUUAAGUAGUAACUCGCCACCGAAUAAUUCGUUUAGGUCGCCGAUGAGUCGGAUGUUAUCUUUCACUAGGAUGUUGAGCAGAGAUCGGAGAAGCGGUUCGUCUCCUAUCGCCGGAGCUCCGCCGCUUUCACCGUCAUCGAUCUGCCGGAUACCGAUGGCGAUGAGCGAGUCAGAUAUCGAACGGGGAGAAGAGACUAGGUGA